AUGGAUCUAGGGAUCCCAAUUGAGUCACUUGUAAGUGACUGUUUAGUAAAUGGUAACUGGACUUUGUCUCAUCCGCGUUCCGAAAGACAGGUGCAGUUACACAUUUAUAUCUCUACCAUAACUCUGAGCCAGGGGAAUGAUAAGAUUAUCUGGAGAGUUGAUGGUCUUCCUAGGGAAAAAUUUAUUUCAAAGGAGAUUUGGAACUAUACAAGGCAGAGGAAACAUCCAUGUUCAUGGGCGUCUUUGGUGUGGCACCCAGCAGCGGUUCCUAAACAUGCCAUAAACUCUUGGCUCUUCAUACUAAAUCGCAAUCCCACAAUGGACAGAUUAUUAUCGUGGGGUCUGGAUGUUGAAGGGAUUUGUUUGCUAUGUGGAACUCAUCAAGAAUCAAGGAAUCAUUUGUUUUUUGAAUGUGCUUUCUCAGCGGAGGUUUGGAGAGCGGCUUUGCUUCACUUGCGCGUUUAUAAUGCUCCUACAAGUUGGGAAAGUGUUAUUGAUUGGCUGUCGGCUUUCUCAGGGGAUAGACAGCACAAACUGGUUGUAUUGCAGAUAUGGCAAGGAUGUCUGUAUGAAAUUUGGAAGGAACGGAAUUCUCGGUUUCAUUUAGGAACUAGUGUCCUCCCUUCCAAGAUAUCUGAUGGAGUCAUUCGUAUUGCAAGGUCCAAGGCUGUUGCUUUAAAGAAUUCUGGAAGGCAGUUGGGAACUGAUCUCGUCUCUUUCUGGUCUGUGGCUUAACUCCACUUUUUUUUCCUUUGUUAAUCUUCUCAUCGGAGCUAACUUCGAUGUUGCUAUCUCCCCCCUUCUCUGUUUUUCUUAAAAGCUGUAACCUCUGUUUCCUCUUCUUGUGUAUCUCCGUACUUUCUGUUAUCAAUAUGAAGGCCCUUUAAAAAAAAAAAAAAAAAAAAAAAAAAACAAAAUAAAAAUAAAAUAUUAAUAAUGGUAAUUAUGUAAUAAAUUUAAUUCAUUAAAUGUAUCAAUGAAAUAAACCACCGUAAAAGUUUAAGUAAGACACCAUAUAGAAAAUUAACUUCUCAGAUACUAAUACAGAUAUUUAAUAAAUCCUUAACUACUAAAACUCGUGGUGAACAUAUAUAUAAAACUCGUGGUGAACAUAUAUAUAGUCGUUAUGAUGGGUAACUUUAAAUAGUGAUAAUUGUAAUAAUAUUUAUAUUAAACAAUUACUUUUUUGUCACGUAGAACCAUUUAUCCAGACAAAGACUGUCGAUCAUGAAAAGUGAAUAAAUUUGCGACACAUCUACAUAUUGCUUUUUCUAGAGGGGAAAGAUAUCCAAUAAAACGAAAAAGAUAAAUGAAUGCAGACAAGGGCACAUGGGAUCUUUAGUGAUAUGUAAUUGUGUAUAGUGUGGGCACGAAAAUUCAUAAUUAAUAAAGCCUUUUCAUGUUCAUAAUUUGUAAUUACGUAUAAAUGUUAGUUCGCUAUUGACUAAGACCAUUGUUAUCUGUAGGUAUUUUCCCAAUAGCUUCUCAACUAUUGAAAUUAAAGAUUUUAAGUAAAAAGUUAAGAUCAAUUACAACAUGAUAAAUAAUUAUAAAGAUCUUUCAGAAUUUGUUGUGAAUAUAUAUUUUAAACGAUAAACCGUCUGUAUUUUUAUCUUUUUUGUUAAUUUCGUUUUCAUUAAUGUUUAGGUGUAGUUCGGCUUUUAAUUUGAAUGUACAUAUAGAAGAAUCAAACCUUAAUUAUAUGCCAUUUGAUAGUUUUGUCCGUUUCUUACGAGAUUAACCUAAUUAAUAACUUAUUUAUGAGGAAUAUGUAGGUGUGAAGCUGUCACAUGAUUCACAAAUCACAACCACUGUUAGUGGAGGUUGUGGACCACAACAAGGCUAAUUAUUCCGAACUAAACCUUAAUUAAAUUGAUCAAGCCAAAUUCACAUAUGCCAUCCAAUAUUUGUCCUUUUAUGAGUUUUUGUUUUGUUUUGUUUUGACGUUUCUAUUCUUGUCGGGACGUUUGUCCUUUUAUGAACUAGGAGCAUUAUGUACAUAAUUCUUGUUUUAUCUCAAUAUUUAUUAGGGUUAUUAUAGUUGUGAAUUUUGCAUUUUGAGUUGUUUUUUAAUUUUUUUUAUUCUUAUAAGGUUAGAGUUUGUGAUGAUGAACUACGUAUACAUUAUUCUCCACUUAUGAAUGACUAAACUGUGUUAGUAAUAUGAUUGAUAUAGUUCGUUUGUUGUUUGUUGUAUCACUAAGACUUAUUGUUUGUUUGUCUUUUUAAUUUGUUUAUUGUACUGUUGAGAAUACAUAAAUUAUAUUAAAGUUGUUGAAAGUACUUUUUGUUUCUGGAUAUGUUUUCUCCAGUUUAGUUGUGUAAGUUGUGUGUAUUAAGUAAUAAUUUUUAUUAUCCUUAUUAUGUUUGUUAUAGGUUUUUAUUUUUAUUUUUAAACUUGUUGCUCUUACCGGACCUUUAAAACAAAUACAUGAAGACUUGUAGAAAUAACUAUAAAAUGAUUGAUAGUUCUGAGUUUUUGGGCUUUAAUGAGUUUUAAACGAUUUAUGUAUUUCUCAUAAGAAGACAAUAGCAUUAGCAUGUUGACAUUGGGCAUGCAUGUAAGCUAUUUUUAUAAGACAAGAGGAGUGAGCAGGUGGAGAUGUUGUUGCCGCCUUUGUGUCUGUCGGGAUUGUCUCUUGUAUAUCCUGUUGUGGAUGUGUUUGUUUAUCUUCUAUUUGAUGGGUAAUAUGUAAACAAAAAUCAUUGUUAGUUGUAUUUAUCAGAGUUUAUAACUUACUCUGUUUUUUUGUUCAGGUAAUUUUAUUG